AUGAAGGCAUUUGAACAACAGCAGCUGAUCACGUGGCUCUGGACCCUGAAAACCAGGCAGGACAUUGCUGGUCCUCUAAAUAAUGUUUGUGACUGGUAUUUAUACCAUGAGAAAGCUACUUUCUGGAAUGUGAAACAACCAGCAAGUCCCAAUGCAGAGCGACCACCUGAACUCACCCUCGUGAGUGGUGGUGGCUGCUGCUGCUGCUGUGUACCUUUAUCUGCUGCGCUGGCAGAGCAGGCAUGUGCAUUCUGCGCCAGGCACGUCUGGCUGCCACUUGACAGUGUGAAGGCAGGAGCCAAGCUCUCGCCUCGCCCGGGCGCAGCUUUAUCCUUCCCGCCCUCCGCCGAGUCGCAGCCGCGCCGCUGGCCGGAGGUGGAGCAGCGUCUCCGCCCCGAGGGCGGGCGGUGGCCGCCUCCGCUAGUGGAGGGGGAGGCUGCUGCGCCUUUGCUGCGUCCCGCUGCUGCGGGAGCAGUGUGCUGGGGGUUCUUGACGUUGCCUGCCGUUCUUUCAGCGUCUUGUCCUGACUCGUCGGCAACGAAGAUGUCAGGCGGGGACAGCCGGCGGCAGACCGGCUCCUCCUGGCACAGCACUUUCUCCCGCUUCUUCGCCAGGAGUCCACCCGGAGAGGGGACGGAGGCUCCCGGACGUCCAGCGGGCACUAACAGUUCUGAAAACAAAGGGAGAGAAGCCAUGAAACCAAGGGGUAACCAAAAGGAAAGCACAACUCAGCCUGCACUUUUGAAGGUUUGUCAAAAUGGAGAGAAGAACCAUUCCACAGAAGACCUUGACAAGUCUGAAGUCCAGGAGGAGCUGAAAAAGGCUAAUAGCCUUCCUAGUUUGAGUCCUGCAGUCAGGACAGCAAAUAAAGACAAACAACCCCGAGAAGGCUUUUUUCAUUUUCUUGGAAGCUUAUUUAAUAUUGCAACAAAAUCUUCCUUGGUAGAAUCCAAACCAGCCUCUACCUUCAAAGAUGCAUGCAACAGAUGUGAAAAGGAUUUACACAACAGAAACUCCUUUCUGGUGGACAUGCAGCCAAAGCAUCCAACAAUUGAAGAACCUCUCUGUUCUGCUUCUAAAAUAAAAGAGGAUUCUGUAAAUAAAGGCAAUGACAUCUUAAAUAAUACUGGGAAAGAAGUCUCACAGGAUCUUCAAGGAGGCCAGAAACCAUCUGCAGAUGCACAAAAGCAGAUGCAACGGAAGCCAGAGGCACCUGCAGUCACUUAUGCAACGUAUCGAGGUUCUGCCAGGAUUAGGCAGCUACUGAAGAAUCAGUUAGAGAUAGCUGAAAAAGGAGAAGAAAAUACUGAGAACAGAAGUGCUGCAAUGGUAAAGGAAAACGGGGAAAUACAAAUACCUGUCUGCCCCAAAUCAGGAUACUUAAUAACAGAAAAUGGAGGAAAUGAGAGUAAAGGUCAUGAGGAUGAUACCACUUUAAAUUCUUCUGCUGUUAAAAUAGGAAGGAAAAAGUCUGAAAAAUCUUGGCCUUUCUUGGGUAGCAGUAAAUGUGAAAAUACUGUAAAGGCCACAACUACAGCUACUGAAUCAUCUCACAAUGGAGACUUAAAACCUAUGCCUGCUUUAGCCACAACAAAAGUUAGGACAUAUUCACUAGAUUCGUUAUUAUCAUCUAGUAGCAGAAACAGUGAUAUCCCAAGCAAUUCCACUUCCCAGAUUACAAAUUCCCUUAAAAUGAGUUCUGCAAAUGAUUUGGUUGGAAAAGAUGCUGCACUGCUGGGAGAAGUGAAAACUCCCUUUCAAGCAGACGAAAAUGUCACUUGUGACUUUGUUAAAAAGAAUGAUGAUAGUAAAACAGCUAAUAAGGAGUCCACAAAAGAAAUUCAGGCUGACUGUUUACAUUCACCUGUACCAAAAAGUAGGACAAUUAAUGAUGAAACUCAAGUGAGUAAGGGAGAAUUUUGCUAUGCUCAUCAAAUGGAGAGUAACUCAGAGAUAUCGGUGGAUGUCUGCAUGCUUCAGUCUAAUCCCACUGCACUUCAGCAGCAAGUCGAUCAGCAUCAAAGUAGUGCAAAUGAAGACAGCAACGUACAGAAAAUUGUGGCAGCUGUAGGAGAGGAAAAUCCACAGAACUUUAUCGCUGCUGUUCUUUCAGCUUUUAAUAAACAAAUACCCACUUUGCUUGGAGUGGAGUCCGAAGGAGGGGAAUGCAUAGCCACAGAUAAUCAGACUGUUCCAGUGUCAUCUCUUAAUGAAGACGUAGUCAUGGACACGGGGACUCGUAAUGAAGAACUGAGUGUGUUAGAGGAACCAACGCACGUCCGAAAUGAAAACCAAUUAAUCCAUGUGGAGAAUUCUAAAGGUACUGCCACUCAGCAGACUAAUAUACCCUCUCUAGAAACUGAGGGUUUGGAAGCAAUUGAGUUUUCAUCUGAGGUUGCACUGGAAAAUCCUGCGACUGUGUCGUCAUGCGUACAUGGGUGUGAAGGUUUGAAAUCCAGCUUUGAUGAGCCAACAGCAGCUCUCGCUGUAACUUACGAUUCUUCUGAAAGUAGAAGCUCUUGCUCAGCUUCUCUUCAUUCUGGUUUCAAUGAAACUACAGAGAAAAGAGAAGUUAGCUUACUGGAUAUGAGAGAGACACUUCCUUCUCUUGAUCUUGAAUAUGAGAAGAGCAAAUCCUCUAAGCCUGUAGAGAUGAGCCUCUCAGAAAACUCUAUUCCUGUCCACAACCAUCAUCCUGUCUCCCUUGAAACCACUUCUGAAUCUCAACCUGUUUCUGAAGGUAAUUGCAUUAACUUUUCUUCUGCAAAAGAAAACAGUAACAGGUCUAGGAUAUCACCUGCAGUACUUGAUUCUUCAUCUGAUAACAAAGCAAGUGGCCAGACAGCUGUUGAGUCCAGUGCAAUAAUUCCUGAGGACAGAAUGACCAAGGUGCCACUUUGCGCAGGAGACCCAAGCGCUUCAUGCCCAGCAGCUUCUCUGGAAUCUGAGCUGACUCCAGCUAUGUUUGAUAGCUCUGUUACUGAAGUAGGUGCAGGGGGUGUUUCCAUCCAUAGUUCCACUUUGCCUACGCUGGAAUUCAGAGAAGCCUCCAGCCUUUUCACUGGUGCCUCAGAAAUGUCUGGUCUUGCUCAGGGGAGACAUAAUACUUCCAGUCACACAGUUAGUGAUGGGGCAGAGGAGGCCUACUCUGGACAACAAGCUGACAACAGUGUCUUGGCAGAGGCAAUGCCACCACCCAUCUGUCCUUUGAAAUUCUUGGAAAUGCCUUCCAAAUCAGCCUGUACUGUGAGGAUGUGCAGAAAUGCAGUGGGACAGGCAAUUCUUGGGAAUGCUGCUUCUGGCACCUCAGAAACUCCUGUAGUGGAUGAUCAAGCAGCUGCUGCACCUACAAAGUCAAACCAGCUCUGUUCUGAGGAACUGUGGGACGAUACCAACGUGAAGGGACCAGCACAUGCUAAAUCCCAAGAUGCUGCUGGUUUGUUCAAAAAAGCUGAAGAAAUAGUGGACUCGGUUUUACACUUAGCUGUAGAAGAAAUAAUAGCAGAAUGCACUGCUGAUGUUCCCCAUCUUUGUGGGAGUAAGGAUAGCUUAACAAGUAUAUAUAUUCAAAAUGAUCAGAAAGUUGAAACUGUGCCACUGGAGGCAAAGGAAAUCCAAUCAGCUGAGCAGUCACCAAAACAUUUGAAUGAGAACAGUGGAGGAGGCUCAUGUUCAUUGACAAGAAAAGUAGCAGUGGAUGCAAGUAAUCGAGAUGAAAACGUGCUGUCUUACACCCCUGACAACAUUGCUCUGCACAGUGUGCUGGCACUAAAAGCAAAGGAAACGAUUGAAGAAGUCAUCCAUUCAGCCAAACAAAAACUGACAUCCCAUGAGUGGCAAGGCAGUGAGAGUAAAAGGCCUUCUGAAAAGGCUGAGACUCAGCCUAAGGCCGAAACACCAGGAUUCUUACACUUAGAUAUGAAGUUACCUGACAAAACACAGAAAGCAGCAGAGAAGGAGGAAACUCGAAAUGUCACUGUAAAUUGUGGCAAGACAAAUUGCUCCAGCCCUCCUUUGCUUCUAAAUGGGAGAGAAAAUGGCAUGGAUUGGCCCCAACAAGGUGAAAAGGUACCAAAUAGUUUGUUUGCUUGUCAAACAAAUGGAUUUCUACCUGCUGGUAGUUCAUCGAGGCCAGAAUCAGAUCCUCUGACAUGGGCAAAAGAGAAACAGAGCAGAAAGGCGUGUGGCCAUCUGGCUGCUGUGGAGAUGUGUGCCAAUGACGGAUUAGCCACACCUAGAAGAUCUAAUGGAUCUUCACAUUUAGUACAGAAAGCUGUGACUGAAGAGGUGAUUUUGUCAUUGCACUCAAAAUACUCAUGCAGCACUACAGCGACAUCAGACUGCACGUUGCUGCCAACUGGAAAUCUUAAUUUCUCCUCCUUUCUGCCCAAUGAAGAAAGUCUUGGCAUGCAGAGUGAAGCCAAAGACAAGGUCAACCAUUGGGUGUCUCUGGAAAGCAGUGCAGAAGACAGUCCGUAUAAACACUGUGGAAAAGAGGCAGCAGAAUUACCUGCACAAGUAAAAGCAACCUUACAAGAUUCAGAGGCAAUGGGAAGUAAAGAGGAACUAGCAGAAGGUGUGAGUGAAAUAGCAGAUGUUAAUAUUGGAUUAAAUGCACAAUUCAUUGUACCUGAAUUGUCUGUUAUUGGAGAGGGCAGUGAAGGGAAAAACUGUUUUGGCACAGACCUUGACCAAACUAAUGAGAAUCUGAAGCAGGUACAAAUAAAGGAUCAAGAUACUAAGAGAAGUAACCAGCUUGAAGAAAUUGGUCUGGAGUUUGGUGGUGACAUGAAGGAAUCAACAGCUGCUUUGAACUUUUCUCCUCUAAUUGAGCAGUGGGAAAACAGUUCUUUUACUAUCGUUUAUGAAGGUGCACUUCAAACUGAGAACAGAUCUGUCUCAACUGAUGACGUGCAGACUGGUUUGCUCUCUUCUUCUGAUUUGCCUUCAGAUAACAUAAAUCAUCUAAUGUGUGAAAGGGCAAAGAAUAAAGCUGAGCCAGUCUGUCUUGAUGGAUUGGGUAACAAACUGAAUGAAGCAACAGAUAGCCGUAGCUCAGAGUCAUUUCUGAGCGUGGAAGCGAAGAGGUAUAGAGUAUAUCCUUUCUCUUUGUCUCCAAUAUAUGAAGAUGACAGCUCCCAGGAGGACAUCCUUUCCACAGACGUGUCGCCAGAAGGCUAUCCUAGUGGGAAACCUAACAAUAACCCAGACCAUGCUUCUGUGCUUUCCCUUCUCCAGUCAGUUUCUGAGCGCUUACAGUUUACUACUCAGUUUGGUAAAGAGGAGGAGGAGGGGGGACUGGAGGAUGCUGAUGAAGAAGAAUCAUCUUAUGAAGAAAAUAUUCUUGAUACUGAGAGGGAGAAUGACUGUCUUUUCAGCCAGUCAAGAGGAAAUUCAAAAACAACUCUUCAUUGCGAUGGCCCAACUAGAUCUUUGUUUCUUGAACAGCCACUUUUUCAUUCAAAAGAACCACCUGAUUGUCAGGAGCAACAAGAGCUGUGUCCAGAUGCAGCUCCUCCCAGCCAAAGAGCUUGUAAGCCAGUUUCACGGAAAGCUGAUGCUGCUCUAAAGCAGCCUCCUGCAAGCGCGUACUACCAGUAUCUGAAAUCUGCCAGCACUCGCUCUUCUGAGAAGGGAACCAGAUUUGGAAGCAUCCUCCAGGAUAUAUUGCAGCCAAAGAUUCAUUGGUCUCAAGACAACACCGUGCCAAAACUGGGAGAACUGUCAAAGAACCUCAUUGACAGGGCAAGUCUCAAAUAUAAUCCAAGACCAGGAAAGAUGAUUAUUUAUGAUCCUUGCGGUGACAAUAGUAAGCGAGAAGUUCAUUCCGAUGUGCUGGACACCACAUCCUGGAGCUUUCGCCUGGGGACAGUGCUCAGAAUAAUUAGAGGAUGUUGGAUUUUGUAUGAGAAACCGAAGUUCCAGGGUCGGAAAUAUGUACUAGAAGAAGGAGAGGCUGUGCUGGAUCAUCUUUGGGAUCUUCUGGGCAUGAGACAUCAUCAAAGAAACCUCACAAUUGGUUCAAUCAAACAUGUAACAAAGGACUGUGGUAUUCCAGAAGCUGAGUUCUGCCUGGCAGCUGGUGGUACAGAACAACUUCCUAUCUGCAUACAGAAUGCAGUUGCCAAUUUAGAAGAACUGGAUGUUGAGAAAAACCCUUACAUAAGAGUCAAAUCAGGAGUAUGGCUUGCUUACUCAGACAUCAAUUACAAGGGGGAUGUGAAGGUUUUAGAAGACUGUGAUUCGCCCUCUGAAGUUCCUUCAGCAGAUGUAAAAUCUCUGCGUCCCUUAAAAAUGGGUGGACUAAAGGUACAAAUGCCACUGAACGUCAAGAUAAUAAUAUAUGAGAAAUCCCACUUUGAAGGGUGGGCCAAAGAGUUCUCAGAAAAUGUCAGUUCUGUCCCAGCUCUGUUGGGUGCUGAAGAGGAGUUUCAGGGCAUCGGAUCCCUGCGUGUAAUGGGGGGAGUAUGGGUUGGUUAUGAUAAGAAAAGCUACAAAGGCCAUCAGUAUUUGCUGGAGGAGGGAGAUUAUGAAGACAGACCCUCCUGGGGAGCUGACAGUGACCUCCUGUCUUUCCGGUUCCUGCAGGCUGAUUUCAUAGAAUCAUCAGUGGCACUUUUUCAGUCUGAUGAUGAAGAUGGGAAAGCAUUAGACAUCAUCAAUGAAGAAAUCCCUGAUUUGGAGCAAACUGGAUUUGGCCCAGAGACGAGUUCAAUUCUUGUGAGAAGUGGAGUGUGGGUUGCAUACCAGCAGAAACACUUCUGUGGAGAACAAUAUAUAUUGGAGAAAGGGAAAUAUAAAUGUUUCUUUGACUGGGGAGGAUCUAGUAAAAUCAUCAUGUCAAUUCGACCUAUUAAGUUGGAACCGCUGGGAAUGAAUGAGCCUCCACAUUUGCUCAGAGCUUUCAGUAACACACAUUUCCAAGGAGCAUGCAUAGAUUUCACAACAGAAGUUUCUGAUUUUCCAUCAUUCAUACCAUGUUCAUUUAAGGUUCUUCGGGGAUGUUGGCUCCUGUACUAUCAAGGGGAAAUCACUGACAAUCACUGUGUGCUGGAAGAAGGCCUCUAUAUUAACCUCAGUUCCUGUGGCUGCCCAGCUGCUGCAAUCAAAUCCCUGAAGCCUAUUCAAUACGUUUUUGCUGAGCCCUCCAUCAGUCUGUUUGCUCUGGAAGGCUGCAAGGGCAGAGAGCUGCACUUCAGUGAACCUGUCAAUUCUGUUUUGAAUGAGGACCUUCAUUUCUACACUCAGUCUGUAUGGGUUAGAAGUGGAUUGUGGAUUGCAUACGAAGGAUGUAAUUUUUCAGGCAAUCAGAUUCUGCUGGAGCCCAGUGAGAUUUCCAACUGGAAUGAGCACAGUGGCUGGAAAGCAAUUGGCUCCCUCCGUCCUGUGAAGCAACCAGCAGUGUACCUCAGAGUGAAGAACCAAGCCGAAGGCAGAUACUUAACGGCCGCUGGAAGCGCAGCAGACGCGAAAGCAACAGCAGUGUGUGCGUGCCCAUACAACGGCAGGAACACCCAGAUCUGGCACUACUGCCGUGGGCUCUUCAAAUCCAAGGCCAACAAUGCCUGCCUGGAUGUCAUUGGUGGCAGAGAUGUGCCCGGGGCCAAAGUUGCGCUCUGGGCAGAACAUGGGAAGGACAGGCAAAAGUGGAGACUCAAUGAGGAUGGAACCAUCAGUUCAUACCUCAGUGACCAACUUGUGCUUGAUAUUAAAGGAGGAAAUUAUUACGACAAGAACCACAUCAUUAUGAAUCAGCAGAUAGAAAACAAACACUCACAAAAGUGGGAGAUUGAAAUCCUGUGAGUAAAACCCACUGCACAGAUGGACCUCACAUGGGUUAUUAAUGUCUAAGCCUCCUGAAGUCACACACCACUGCAGCCCUGGGCAGCAACUCCUCUCCACUUCCGUUCAUCCCAAGCACCAGCUCUUAAGCAGUUGGAUUUGCACAGCUCUGGAAGAUGGAAGGUUGUUGAUCUUGCAUCUUGCUGCAGGGAAGCUGACUCUUCAGAGGCUGCUCCUGUGAAAGCCACUCUUUCUCUUCAGGGGCAGUGUGAAAAAGGAAAUGCAAAAACUAGACAUAAGUUUUGCAGGAUGCAAACUGCAAGCAAUAAGAUGGGAAAAGCUCUUGAGAAGCUUCCUCUGAAAAUGAUGGAAGCUUACUGAAGAAUGAAUGCACUGAUGAGUGUGAAAGAGGUUGAACUGCACUUUCACGGCCCAAGUGAAACUGUGCAGGCUCCAAGCAGUCCUGAAGCUAAUCACACCUCUUGCUACAAUGCAGUUUAUUUCGUGCAUAAAGACAGCUUUGAACUACAACUACCAGCUCAGCUUAUGAAAUGAGGCAAUAGAGCAAGCCUGACUUCUGCUCCACUAAUGAUAUUGGUAGGCCUUUAUCUUCACUUAACAGUACCAAACCUCCAGAUUCAGGAACUGGUUUUGCACUGACCCAUGGCCUGUUUCCAACCCACAAGAUGUUGAAGCAUCACUGAAGAUCACCUUUAACGUGGAGCACUAUGUGCACGUCUAAAAGGAAACCAAACAAGCCUGGGUCAGGCUAGACUUCCCCAAGGGCUAGCUGCAUUUACAGCAGUAGUGAUUUGCAACUAAUAUCUGUUGAUGUAUAUAGAUUAACUUAAUACCACGUAGUUUGGUCUUGAAAUCAUGUCUUCCUUCAGAAAAGGACUGACUCCAGGGUGUGUUGGCAAAGGUGCUAGCAGCCUAUACUGCAGUGCUUGUUUAACAUUACCUGCAUGUUAAUGCUACUGUGGCUCAUCAAAAAGAUGCCAUGUGUUAGCCCGAAGGAUAAGGACUCGGACUGUAGCCCAGGUGGUGGCACACUCCUGCUUCCCUCAGUUUAGUACUAUGCACUUAGCUUCUACUUGAGGCAGAGCCAAGUAACUUCUUGGACUGCAGUUGUGGGAGGCUUGAAAAGCAUGUUCCUAACUCAGCACUGAUAAGUACAGAAGGAACUGCAGGCAGUUGUAGGGCUGCCAACACCUGAUGUGGAGGAAGGUCCCUUAAAUCACUGCCAACUUGAUUGCAGCAUCACUCAAUCUUUUUUACUGAAAAUAAUUUGUUUGGGGUUUUGUUUUCUUAUUUAUAUAUGCAGGAUAUGUAUUUCUAUGAUUAUUUAAAGAGUUUAGGCUACCAGAUACCGCUUUAGGUUCCAAAACUUGUAACUGCUGCAGUUGUGCAUCAAAACAGGACUCGACCCCAAAGAAAUAAAGCCACAUCAGCCUAAGUUUGCCACAGGAUUCAAAUAGAUGGGUGUCUAUUUUUAUAUCAAAUAGAGUUCUAGCGAGUACUAUUUAAAACAAAACUCUGCUUGCACUUACUAUUUUACAUUCUGAAGUGAUCACAGAUCUGCUGUCCAAGUAACAGACCUUCAAAUGUAUGCAUAUAUCUUUUUCCAAGUGAAGCACUUGUUUAGCUUUUUUUUUGUCAGCAUAUGAAGUCUCCUGCACCCGACUGGCUUCCCACAUGGAUUUGUAAAAGCCUGUGUAAACAGUUCUCAUCUUUUCAACCAAGAGUCACUGCAUCAGGUUUGGCAUAUCAGUGUUAGAUAACAAAGCAAAGCAGGCUUUUGUACCCAAGAGGUCUUGAAUGUAAAAUGCUCAGCAUGUAUAUUUUAAUUGUUUAAAGCCUUUUUUAGAAUAAAUGUUUUCUUUUGUGUUCCUAAAAA